AGUCUCAGAGAACCCUAGACGAUAUCUCCAUUAGUCAGUCCAUUAGUCAGUCCGUAGAGAGUGAAAAUGCCGACUCUGAAGAAGACAACCCUAAACGCAGACACCCUAACAAGCCCCGACCUCCGUAUCAACAAUGACCAGACUCAAAAGAUUUCUCUCUAUGAGCAAUCAAGAGAGGAGAGAAUCAAAGAGAACAUGCAAAAGAUGAAAAAUCUGGGUCUAAAAGAUAUCUCUCUCACGCUUCGGUCAAUUGAUCGUCCUAAUAAGCGCCAGAGGAACCCAGCUUUGGCUCACAAAGCCGCUCCAGUGAUUCCAUAUGGUCCCCAGAGGCGCUCCUCCAGAUUGCAGAAUGCAACGCCGGUUAGUUACUCGGAGUAUGUGGCUUUGAACGAUGAUCAGGACCCCAAGCUAGAGAUGGGUUCAAAACCAGAGGUUUACACAGAAGAUCAUGAGAAGUUGUUGGGAAACACUGAGAUGAGCUGGACACUUUUUGUGGAUGGUUUUGGAAAGGACGGAAGACGAAUUUAUGAUCCAGUCAAAGGAAAGACUUGCCAUCAAUGCAGACAGAAGACUCUUGGACUCCGCACUCACUGCAGCCAAUGCAACUUGGUCCAGGGACAGUUUUGUGGGGAUUGUUUAUACAUGAGAUAUGGGGAGCAUGUAGUUGAAGCUAUCGAGAACCCAAAUUGGAUUUGCCCGGCCUGUCGUGGAAUUUGCAACUGCAGCUUGUGUAGACAGGCAAAAGGAUGGCCAGCAACUGGUUCUCUUUAUAGGAAGAUAUCAAAUCUGGGCUUCAAGUCAGUUGCACAUUAUCUCAUUCAAACCCAGCGCUCUCAAAAUAAUGUAGAAAAGGAUUCAGGUAGUCUCAAUCAAGUUUCUGCAAAGAGGUCACUGCCUUUUUCAGAUAUGGAAACUCUGUCCACAGAAUCUCCAGCGGUCAAUAAUGAUCAACUUGGAUCGUUAAAGACUAAAGCUGAUGAAAAAAGAGAGGGAGAAUCCAAAAAUGAGGAGAGCAUGCAAAGCGGCCCAUAUCUAGCAACUGAUGAUCAAAGUUUGGCUGACAGUCACCAGAUACUUAAAAGGAAGCGUGCAUUGUCUUUUGAACCAGAAUGUAUUGCUGGACAACAAAGGCAGACAAGUAUGGACCAUGAUAUUGCAUCAAGUGGAAUGAAGGAGAACAUUUUGAAUGUCGAGCAAGGUGUAGAUAAUACAUCGUCUGUUAUGGCAUUGGUGCAAGAGAAGGAAAUGCUUAUUGUGGAUAACCAACAUGAUGGCAGUAAUAUUGCAAUUGAGAUUUGUCCGAAACUUGAGAAGCCUUCUUAUACCACUGAACCAAACCCAAACAGCAUUGCUGGAAAGUUAGGGCAGCAUAGCGUAAAUAAUGGAGGCUGUGAUGAGGAGUCCAGAGGAAGAUAUAAGCAAUUAGAUGUUGAUAAAGGGUCAAAUGGUACACUUUCUGAUCAGGAACUGAAGAAGGAAAACAAAACUUGUUUUGUGGAGCAUAGCAAAGUUGUCUUGGACCCAAAGCUUAAGAAGAAGCCUGCUCGAGUCAGCAAACUGGGUACAGAUGGUAUUGCUGAAAGAUUAAAGCAAAGGCAUAGAUUGAGCAAAGGCCUUGAUGAAGAGGUACCACCAACCAUGAAUGACAAAGCUUCGGUUAUGAGACUGGCUACUAAUAAUAUCUCAUCAGGAAAGGCAGACAUUGACCUUGACGCAAAUCCUGUGAAAACUAGCCCAGACGAUUUUAUACGAAGAUUGAGGCCUAGAAUCAAGACAACAUGAAGAUGGAGGUUUCUUUUUGCACAAGGAUUGAAUUUAGAGUUAAUGUUGCAAGAAGUAUAGCCUUAUGUUUUGCAGACUUCUGAGUGGUUAUGCAACAUUUUCCUGUCAAACUGUUAUUUGGUUUUUUGUCCCUUUGGGAUCUUUGAAGUAUGUUAGUAGUGCUUUGGCUGCAGCAUGAGCAAUGUACUAGUGUUAAACCUUA